ACUGAACCAUUCGUGGGUCAGUACUGUGUCGUCAAAUACCAGUUGGCAUUACCACCAAAACCCAAAAAGCUUACGCUUAGGACUAAACUAUUCAACUUCACGGGCACUCCAGUCGAGGGAACCUUCUUGGAGGAGUUCUCGCUGUCGUCGCACGCGUUUUACGAGCGUUACGGCCGGACAGGUAUAUGCAUACCAUCGGCCUGUAGUACACAUGACUUUCACUCGUUUCUUAAGAGAUUUAUAUCCGAAAGCCAUAUGAAUAUGACUAUCAAUGACUGUCACACCAGAGUAUUGCCUGAAUUGAAUUCAUUGCAACUCACGAUUGUUGUCAUCUUCGCUGUCGUCCUAUCGUUGAUGAUAUUAGCGACAAGUGUUGACCUAAUCAUCGCCUACACCAACGACAAGAACUACAUACCAUUCAUCAGCUUCGAG